UGGGCGCGAUCAUUUUGUAAACACACUGAACAUUUAGAUUCAGACUCAAUGCAAAGAUGUCCGAAAACCAUGAUAGCCUGGGUGCAUCUGUAGCCUACAGUGAGCUGGUGGCUACAGACCAGAAGGACAUCAUCCUGCUAAUAGACGUGGAAUCGGCGGUUUCCAUUUGCUCAGCAUGUGUCGCAAAUAAAUCCGCGAAUCCUGUGGAUGUCUUGACAUUGUGGUUCACUAAACUAUUAGGAGCAUACAUCGACGAAUCUGGUCGUUGUGUACUAGCAGCUAGGGAAAUGUGCAAGUGGUUCACGAUUGAAGCACAAACUGGCAAUGAAGUCAACAACAGUCAUAUAAAACUCAUGUCUGCGGCCCAAGAAUUUGUAUCCGCAUUCAGGGAUCGCUUGCUGGAAGCAGGCGAACGUUUGGUUCAUAUCCUUGCCUAUCUUGUCUUUAUAAUUAUCGACUUCUGUUUAGUCAGCGAUAAGAGUCAUUGCCAGAUUGUUGUGGAUCUUCAACUCGGAACGCUUUCUUUAGUAAAGGAUUCUAUCAUCAAUUUGACAGAAGUGCACCCUCGCCUUGCGACCUUGAUGCAAAAGAUAAUGGAAAUCGCAGAUACCGAAGGAACACGCACUGGUGACCUGCACUUGUCUGUACAGACAGCCGAGACGUUGGCUCACAUUUGCUUGCACUUCAUGUCCACCUGGCAUGCUAAUCCUACAGACGAAAAAAUGCCCAAUUGGCUUAGAGUAACUGUUUUACAUCUAUGUGAUGUGGCUAUCAAUCACUUGAAUAGUACUUUUGGCAACGACAAGCCUAAUGUUCCUGCCGAAAACAUAGAAGAACUUGUAGAUGCUAUCAGGUCCUAUAUCUUAUUAUUAUAUCAUAUUCUUCAAAAAGGUGUGGUGUAUGUUGAUGAUGAUGUAGCUGCUUGUCUGAUGGACUUAAUAAUGUGUGAACAAACGAGGCCAUCAUAUUACUCUGAAAUCGAGAAGCAACAGCUCAUUUCAGUGUUAGUACGACCACACGUACUAGAUAUUUUAGAGCUGGUAUACACAUUCCAAAAAUGUCAAGAUUAUUUAAUAUCCAGUGCUCUUGGUACACCACAAUUUGACGACUUCGACGCUUGCAUGGAUUUUAUAAAUGCUGUAUCUACAGACGACGCGGAUGUGCUCCCAUCUACUUGCUUAACAUUACAACAAAUUUUUGAAUAUUUGUUUAAAGAUGCCAAAAAUUUUGUCAAUGGCGAACGCUAUAAUCAAGUAUUGGAUGCGUUUGGAUGUCUUUUGUAUUUAGUGGGUAACAUAGAACUACAUAGGUAUUUCUGUGCCGGCAUAUUUCAAAAGGAUUUUAUUACAUCGCAAGUGUGUGCGGAUAUUCUCAUGCUGUGCUUUCGGCUAAAAGAGUCUAACAAGUGCUGGACAGAUCGUGGCAUAAAAGAGGCUAUAGCUUACUGGCAUAAGUGCAAUAAUUCUUAUGCCAUGUUUUCCACAAAUCCAAGCCAAUUGCAUGUACAACGAUUCCUUAGAUACUUCCACUGCUUGGGAAAGCAGGAGCUUCCUGUCAUAAGCAUUCAAAACUUCCGACUCCUGUCUGCCGUCGCAAAAGCAGAUGACCACUUGGGAAUGAAGAUAUUGAAGCGCUUAGAACUCAUCUCCUCCUCAGCGCCUACAAAAAUUGAGUUGUACUAUGAAGUGGUUGCUCUACUGGAACUUUUAGUGCACCACGAUCAAAUCGACUGUUCCCAUUGGUUUCAGCGGACAUCGGAAAUGGCCAAGAAACUUUUAGGCAUUGACAAGAGCGUUAGCUUUGCUAAUGCUUACUUCAAACUACUAGCACGUGCGAAUGGAUCCACCCAAUUACUGAUACUCAGGGGACUGCCACCAAAUGUUGGAUGUAAAAACUGGAAUCGAGAGAAAUUCCUCGACUCCUGCAAAGUCAGCUAUGACGGCCAAUUGAGAGCAUUUAGUGCCCGCCAUGCAAUAGACCCAUUGUUUAAGGCCUUGCAGGACGUAUCCGCAACGGUUGUCGACGGUUCAUUUGAUCUCAGUAAAUCAAGCUACAUUCGCCAUGGAGAUCAUAGAUGUCCCGUCUCUAGCCAAAAACGUCGCCGGAGUGAAUUGGCGCCUAACGAAAUCCUUCGUAAGAUAUAUGAGGCCUCUAUUCAGCUGGCCCAGUGCACCGCGAAUUUCGAUCCUGCCGACUGGGAAUUGCAUAAGAAGGUUAUGGCCAAUUUGAGUGGAAUUGUACCCUAGCUCUGUGUACGCGAUAUACGUUUCCAAACCUGGGAAUGCUCUAUGCUUUUCGUAUCGCUCCCUAAACUAGAGCAAUUAUUUACCACCCAUGUGCUCAUUUUGAAUGAGAAUCCCUAAUAAAGAUGUUGUGUGAUAAGGCGGUUAAAAAUAACGUGUAAA